CGGUAGUGUACAAGAAAUUGAGGUCCAAAUGCUAUGAAGAAGAGGUUUGUUUUUAGCAUGAUUGAUCAAACGUUUUUGGUAUUUUCAAUGAAGUUAGUUCCCGUAAAAUGAAAAUCGAUCUGUUUCUCGUAUUUUUAGGUCUUUUUUCCUACCUCUGUCCUAUUUGAAGACUUCAGGGUUUUUGUAGGAAAUAAUGGCAGUUGAGCAGUUUGUGUCAAAGACCCUCGAACUUCUUCAGGAGGAGAGAGAAGCUGAGAUAGCGGAGACCAGGAUAUGGCAGGAGAAUGUUUCUCUCAAGGAUCUCCAAAAUAAAGGCGUGUGCUUGUUGAAGCUACAGAUCGGUAGCCAAUCCACGGGCUUGUAUGGCCACACAGUGCUUAUCCUAGAGCCGAGAAAGCAUUUUGGUGCAUCAGUUCUUCCAAGCAACAACUUUGGCCCUGGAGACAUUGUUGGCUUGUACAACACCACUGGAUGCAGCCCAUCCUCCCAGCUUGGCACAGGAAUAGUGAUGAGGGUUGGCCAAACAUCAGUUAGUGUUGCCUUUGAGGACAAUAAAGAUGGCCACCAUUUUGAAACAGAUUCCCUUUACAACCUCUUAAAGUUGGCAAACGAUGUCACAUACAAACGGAUGAAACUUGCCUUGAUUGCAUUAAAUGGAUACAGAUGUGGACCUGCUGUCAGUCUCAUAAAUGUUCUUUUUGGAGAUGCAAAACCUUCUUCUCAGUCACAGCCAAAUCAAGUAGAAUUCUUUAACCCAAACCUUGAUAAGUCCCAAAGAGAAGCUGUGUCCUUUGCUCUGUCUCAGAGAGAACUGGCUGUGAUUCAUGGCCCACCGGGCACUGGGAAAACCACCACCGUUGUCGAGGUCAUCCUCCAAGCGGUCAAACAAGGUCAAAAGGUCCUGUGUUGUGCACCAUCUAAUGUGGCUGUGGAUAAUUUAGUGGAGAGUCUCGCUCGUUGUAAGGCCAAAGUCCUGAGGCUGGGACAUCCUGCCCGACUGCUGGAGGCCAUCCAGAAGCAUUCACUGGAUGCCAUCCUUGCUCAGAGUGACAAUGCAAACAUCAUUGCUGACAUCCGUAAAGACAUCGAUAAAGCUUUUAUGGGAAUGAAGAUGAUUUGUGACAAAGGAGAGAAGGUUAGCUUCAAAAAGGAAGUUGGAGAGUUAAGAAGAGAGCUGAAAACCAGAGAGACAGCAGCCAUCACUCAGAUCCUAAAAAGUGCUGAUGUUGUGUUAUCAACCAACACAGGGGCUUGUGAUGACGGUCCUUUGAAAUUCCUGCCAGCAGAACAUUUUGACUGGGUUGUGAUCGAUGAAUGUGCUCAGGCCCUGGAGAGCAGCUGCUGGAUCGCCCUGCUCAAAGCACACAAGUGCCUUCUGGCUGGAGACUACAAGCAGUUACCGCCCACUAUUAAAUCACAAAAGACUGCAUCAAAAGGUUUGUCUCUCAGUCUCAUGGAGAGACUCAUCCAGAUGUACGGGGACUCGGUGGUCCGCAUGCUGACAGUACAGUACAGAAUGAACAGUGCCAUCAUGGAAUGGGCCUCCAAAGAGAUGUACCAUGGAAGACUUAUUGCUCAUUCUUCUGUGGAUAGUCAUUUGCUCAAGGAUCUACCAGGAGUCACCUGCAUUGAAGAAACAAGUACGCCACUUCUUCUUAUUGACACUGCAGGCUGUGGUCUGACUGAAAUGGAGCUUGCAGAUGAGCAGUCCAAAGGCAAUCAAGGUGAAGUCGACAUUGUUGAACUGCACAUUCAGGUCUUAACUGAUGCUGGAGUGAAAGCCAAAGAUAUAGCUGUUAUUGCUCCAUACAAUUUGCAGGUUGAUCUUCUGCGUCAGAAACUUUCUGCAAGGCAUUCAGAGCUUGAAGUCAAAUCCGUGGAUGGAUUUCAGGGCCGAGAGAAAGAGGCUGUGGUGUUGUCUUUGGUGCGCUCAAACAGAAAAGGUGAAGUUGGAUUUCUGGCAGAAGACAGGAGAAUAAAUGUUGCUGUUACACGCGCCAGACGUCAUCUUGCCGUCGUGUGCGACACACAGACUGUUCAGAAUCACGCUUUUCUAAAGUCACUCAUCAGUCACAUGACUGAGUUUGGGGAAGUCAGAACAGCAUUUGAGUACAUCCAAGAUCUUGUACCGCAGAACUAUACCCGUGACCACAAAGAUACAAAGGCACCUGAUGCUUCUGCCAGCAGCUCUGUGUCGACCAAACAGAAGGUCAGAGAUCAUCCUCCAAGCAAGGCGAAGCAAGAACAGAAGAAAUCCAGCGGGAGCAGCAGUAAGGACAAUGAUGACGGUCGAAAUAAGCACACAAAGUCCUCUACAUCGGCACUGAAAGAGGAAGAGCAGGCCAAAAGCAGAUACACUGAGAUCAGAGGGCAUGUCGAGAGAUUUCUGAAAGAUUUAAAUCAAACUGAACUACAGUUUCCAUCAUCAUUCAACUCUCAUGAUCGAAUGCUUGUCCAUCAAGUUGCUGAGGAACUGGGCCUCUUGCAUGAGAGCAAAGGGGAGGGUAAAGACCGCUGUAUCACGGUUUCCAAGCCUGUGAAGAACGGACUAGUGCAGGAGCCUGCACAAGCAAAAGAAGCAGCAGGACUGGAAGAUAGAACGAUCCCAAAUAUCCAGCGAGAUUCAUUACGCCAACCUCCGUUAGACCUAAAAAGUUUACAUUUGGAGCGAAUGAAAAGGGAGGAGCAGAAACGGGAAGGAAAUGCCCAACAAAAAAAGCAACGGGGCACCAACCCCCCAGCACAGUCCCAAUAUUCAAAGAACGACAAGCCGGUUAAAGGAAAGGCCCGUAUGAAGGCUGGUGCCUGUGACAUUGCUGCUGCCACGACUUCAGAUCAUGACUUUGAUGCACUUAUUGAAGCAGUGGUGAAGGCUGAUAGCGUGUGCAGUUUUGGGAAGUGUAAAGCUUCAGUCCUGACACUUGGUCAGCUUUGCCUGUUUUGCAACAGGCAGUAUUGUCUCAGCCAUCAUAUCCCUGAGGUUCACGGUUGCGGUGACAAAGCCAAGUCUCAUGCCCGGAUGAGAAUAAUCAAAGAAGGCGUUCUUUAUGCUGGCAGUGGGAAGAAAGAGAGGUCUCUGGACCCCAGUAAGAAGGCAUAUCUACAGCGAAAACUGGACUCUAAACUGAAAGAUAUGGCAUCACAAAGGAGAGCAAAAAACAAAGAGGACAGUUAAUGAUGGGAAAAUAACAAACGUGAAACCUUUUGUAUAAAAUGGAUUAAAUAAUUUAUUUA